AGGUCUCCUUCUGCUAAAAGAGAUACCAACUAGAAGUGUGUUUCGGAAGGGGAGGGUGUAGGUAACUUUCGCAGAAGGGAACUCUUUCUUUCUUUCUUCUUAUCUUUUACUUGAAGAAACCGAACCAUAAACAAACCCUAAAAAUUUCGAAGAGGGAUUAUUUUUGUUGCCCAUCAAAAUGAUUUUGUUAGCAUAAUCAUACACGGAAUCGAUUAUUUUUUACUUUCGGAUUAUUAUUUCUAGUCGUGAGGAAGUAUCUUACUAUCUUAAGAUUGCGAUUAGAAAAACAAAAUUAUUAUUAUUAUUAUUUUUCUUUUUUAGUCGGUGAUCUCUUCAUUCAUUCUCUCUUUUCUUCUGGGUCUUCUUCUUUUCUCACAUAAAACUAGAACUAGAUAAAACUAGGUGAAAAAAAGAAAGAAUUAUUUUGGAUUGAAUUUUAUGUGAGCAGGAAGAACAAGAUAACUUCAGGGUUUGCUGUCAUGGUUUGGGAUUUCUGUUGAUUGGAUUUAAAUAUAUAAGGGUACUGUUUUGGCGGAUAAUUUGGGGAAAUCGUAGUGAAUUAGGGUUUUCUUUCUGUGAUUCUAAAUACAAAAUUUAGUUUUUUAUUUUUAAGUGUUUGACUCUGAAAAUCCAAGUGAAAUUGGAUUGGUUUUUCUGGUGACAACUAAAAUUAGAUUUGGGAAAGAAAAGUUGAAUUUGAAUUUGGGGAUAAGAUGAGUUCAAAUUUGACAGAGGGUUUUGUUCCUGGAAGGAAGUUACUACUUCAUAUAGCAGAGAAUGGGCACUCAUUUGAGCUUGAUUUUGAUGAGUCAACCUUAGUUGAAUCAGUCCAGAAAUACAUGGAAUCAGUUUCCUCCAUUAAUUUCAACGACCAACUUCUUCUUUGUCUUGAUAUGAAACUAGAACCCCAAAGACCUUUGUCAACUUACAAACUCCCUUCUGAUGAUCGAGAGGUAUUUCUCUACAAUCGAGCCAGAUUACUCAAUGAUUCGCCUCCUCCAGCACCAGAACAAGUGAAUCUCCCAGAAUUCCCUAGCCCUCCAUCGCCAUCUUCAUCGAGAAAUGCGCAUCCUUUGGACGAUGCUUCAGAUCCUGCUCUAAAAGCAUUACCUUCUUAUGAGCGCCAAUUCCGUUACCAUUUUCACUGUGGUCGUUCUAUAUAUAAUCACACACAAUCAAAAAUUGAGAUUUGUGAGCGGUUUCUAAGAGAACAGAUGGUUCAAGAGAGGGCGUUGGAAACUGCUCGUGGUAGUAUGGAUCAUUAUUAUCGAAUGAUACAGCAAAUGUACACUGAUUUCAUGAAAUGCUUUACACAGCAGCAUCGAUAUCAUUCAGAUCUUUUACUUAAUUUUGGACGAGAUAUUGAGAAAUUGAGAGCAUGUAAGCUUCAUCCUUCUUUACAGACUGAAACACGCAAGUGUUUGGUGGAUUUUGUCAAGGAGAAGAAUUUGUGGAAAUGGGCUGAGAGUUGCAACAGCUCCCAUAGGCAAUUUGAGACCAAAGUUUCACAACUUAAACAGAUGUUUAAUGAAUUGAAGCAAAGAGUUGAAGAUUUAUUCUCCGCCAAGUCUCUAACAGCUACCAGAGACUUAGAAUUGAUGAUCAGAGAUUCUCAGAAACAUGUCAAUGAACAAAAGAGUAUAAUGCAGUCGUUGAGCAAAGACGUCAACACUGUGAAGAAGCUCGUUGAUGAUUGUUUGAGCUCCCAAUUGGCUGCCUCAAUUCGUCCUCAUGAUGCUGUUUCCGCUUUAGGUCCUAUGUACGAUGUCCAUGACAAAAGUCACUUACCAACAAUGCAGGCUUGUGACCGUGCAGUUUCGAAGCUACUUGAGUUCUGCAAAGGUAGGAAGGAUGAGAUGAACGUCUUUGUGCAUAACUGCAUGCAAAAGGUAGCAUACAUUCAGUUUACCAUCAGAGAUCUUCGCCUACAGUUUCCAGCAUUCAAAGAGGCCAUGGCACGCCAGGAUGAUCUAUUUGCAGAUUUAAAAUUGGUACGCGGUAUUGGUCCUGCAUAUAGGGCCUGCCUCGCUGAAAUAGUGAGGAGGAAAGCGUCUAUGAAGCUUUACAUGGGUAUGGCUGGGCAGUUGGCCGAAAGACUUGCAACAAAGAGGGAAGCUGAGGUGAGAAGACGGGAGGAGUUCUUAAAACUGCAGAGUGCUUACAUACCCCGGGAUAUACUGUCAUCAAUGGGAUUGUUUGAUACUCCUAACCAGUGUGAUGUUAAUAUCGCUCCUUUUGAUUCUAACUUGCUUGAUAUUGAUAUAGCCGAAGUUGACCGCUAUGCCCCUGAGUGUUUACUGGGCAUGUCCUCUAAGUCAGAUAAACAUGGAUCAUCAAGGACUUCCUUUGCCAUGUCUAAUGAUGGUUCUCAAUUGGUUGAACCUGAAGACACUAGUGUUAUUACUGCUGAGAAAUGUAGUCCUGAGGAAUUCCUCGAGGUCUAUGGGUCGGUGGAAAUUGCUGGAACUAGCAAGAUGGAAGUUGAGAAUGCAAGGCUGAAAGCUGAUCUUGCUUCCGCUCUGGCACGAAUUUGUUCGUUCAAUCCACAGCUGGAGUAUGAGUCACUAGAUGACAGUAAACUAGAGAGCAUACUUAAAAGCGCAGCUGAGAAAACUUCUGAAGCCUUGCAACUGAAAGAUGAAUAUGGGAAACAUCUCCAGUCUAUGAUAAAGAUGAAGCAGAUGCAGUGCACAUCAUAUGAAAAACGCAUUCAAGAAUUGGAACAAAGAUUGUCUGAUCAAUACUUGCAAGGGAAGAAGCUUACUACACUUGGUAAGGAUGUUUCUGAUUCUGUUAUAUCAACUAUAAAGGCGGAGGACUGUAAGUCUGAAAUUUCAGAGGAGGGAGAAGCAAACAGGCCUGACAUAUUGAGCGAGCCCAUGGAUGAGGUCUCUUGUACUUCUGCAUCUUUGCAUGAGCAACCGAGCAAAACCCGAGAAGGUGUUGAUGAGAAUAUGACAGAUUCUGUCGGCCCGCUUAAUCUGCAGUUAGAUUCAUCAAUGAUGGAACCACAUCGAGAUGAUUUGCAAGUACAUGAAAAAUGUGAGAAAAAGAAGAUGGGUUUUGGGUUAGAGAGUGGGUCUACUUCUGGGAGCAUGACAGAGCCUCUUAAUAUAUUUACAUCUGAAACUGCUGCUAAAGAAGUCUCAACUACUGAAUUGAGUAGUGAUGUAAUGUUGAAACUGCAAAAUGCACUUGCUGACAAGUCAAACCAGUGUACUGAAACAGAAACCAAGCUCGAAGCUGUGCUAGAGGAGGUUGCUAAUCUCAGGAGGGAAUUGGAUAUCAGCAGGAAGCUCUUAGAUGAGUCUCAGAUGAAUUGUGCUCAUUUGGAGAAUUGCCUGCAUGAAGCAAGAGAGGAAGCCCAUACUCAUCUCUGUGCGGCUGAUAGGAGGGCUUCAGAGUAUAGUACAUUGCGUGCCUCUGCUGUUAAAAUACGUGGCCUUUUUGAAAGAUUGAAGAGCUGCGUCACGGCUUCGGGUGGAGUUGCUAGCUUUGUUGACUCCUUGCGGGCCUUGUCUUUCUCUUUGGCAAACUCUGCUAAUGAUAACGAAGAUGAGGGUACUGCUGAGUUUAGAGCUUGUAUCCGGGUCCUCGCAGAUAAAGUGAGUUUUCUGUCUCGGCACCGUGCAGAACUUAUGGAAAGGUGCUCUAGGGCCGAAGCUGCACAUGGACACCUCACAAAGGAGUUGGAAGAGAAGAAAGAGUUGGUAAAAAGCUUGUAUUCAAAGCACCAGCUCGAAAAGCAAGCAAACAAGGAGAAAAUAUCUUUUGGUCGUUUCGAAGUCCAUGAGAUAGCUGCAUUUGUCCUCAACAAGGCUGCGCAUUACGAAGCAAUUAACCGAAGCUGCCCCAAUUAUUACCUCUCCACUGAAUCUGUGGCCCUCUUUGUAGAACACCUUCCUAGCAGACCCACUUACAUUCUAGGGCAGAUUGUGCACAUAGAACGACGAACUGUGAAAACUUCCGUACCACUCCGAUCUGAGCAAUGUUUGGAUCAAGUAGAAAACUUAAGCCCUGACGCGACCUCUGCUAUGCCCCAGCGAUUACCUCUUGGUACGGCAUCUACUACUAUUACAAACCCUUACAAUCUUCCAAUUGGCUGUGAAUAUUUUGUCGUGACAGUAGCCAUGUUACCUGACACCACCAUCCAUUCACCACCUCCUUCCUGAUCCUGAUGUGCUGACACAAGACAUGAUGGAAGAAGAAGAAGAAAACCCCCAAGUGUAAAUACAGCACAUAUUAUAUAUAUAUAUACACAAAUGCGAAUAGAGAGUAGACUCUUAUGUCUUGGGUGGGAAUGAGAUGUUAAAUUUACACUCUAAUCAUGUACAUACCGUUCAUUGGAUUCUGCUUCUUCUCUUGUGUAUAUAUGAUUUAGUGAUUGUAGGAUUAACUCUUUCCUUGAUUCGAUUAUUAAAAUUUGUGAAUAUUUUCAAACUGCUGUAUAUGAGUCUGGGACUUCGAUCUCGCGGCAUUUGGUUUACAACACUGAUUGCCGACAAUCUUUAGUUACUCUGUAAACUUAUUUAUUCUGAA